GAGGCCGCUUCCGGGCGUGCGCUCCCGUCGCACGCUCUGUGUGGUGGGAGGCAGGGGCGCAGCCGCCUCCGUGCCCGGGCGCCGAGAGUAGGUGGUGGAACUACGCGGUCGGUGUUGUGGUCGGGUUGCGGGUCGGGACCCGGCGCGGUUCGGAAGCGUUCUCUGCACUCGCCUUCCCUGUUGGGCCCACCAUGAGGCGCCUGGGCUCGGUGCAGCGGAAGAUGCCGUGCUUGUUUGUGACGGAGGUGAAAGAGGAGCCCUCCAGCAAACGGGAGCAGCAGCCAUUUAAAGUUUUGGCAACUGAAACUGUAAAUCACAAGGCAUUAGACGCAGAUAUAUACAGUGCAAUUCCAACAGAAAAAGUGGAUGGAACAUGUUGUUAUAUUACCACCUACAAAGGUCAGCCAUACCUUUGGGCUCGGCUAGACAGAAAACCUAACAAACUGGCUGAGAAAAGAUUUAAAAAUUUUCUGCAUUCAAAACAAAAUUCAAAAGAAUUUUUUUGGAAUGUUGAGGAAGACUUCAAACCUGUUCCAGAGUGCUGGAUACCAGCGAAGGAAAUAGAACAAUUCAAUGGGAAUCCAAUGCCUGAUGAAAAUGGACACAUUCCUGGUUGGGUACCGGUAGAGAAAAACAAUAAACAGUACUGCUGGCAUUCCUCUGUAGUUAAUUACGAAUUUGAAAUUGCCCUGGUCCUGAAGCAUCAUCCUGAUGAUCCUGGUCUUUUGGAAGUUAGUGCAGUGCCACUGUCAGAUCUCUUAGAACAAACGCUGGAGCUUAUAGGAACAAACAUUAACGGAAACCCAUAUGGGCUGGGGAGCAAGAAGCAUCCAUUACAUCUUCUUAUACCACAUGGAGCAUUUCAGAUACGGAAUCUACCUUCCUUGAAGCACAAUGAUCUGCUGUCCUGGUUUGAAGGCUGCAGAGAGGGUAAAAUUGAAGGAAUAGUAUGGCAUUGCAACGACGGCUGUUUAAUCAAGGUCCAUCGCCAUCAUCUUGGUUUAUGCUGGCCAAUUCCAGAUACUUAUAUGAACUCAAAACCAGUUAUUAUCAACAUGAACUUGAACAAAUAUGACUAUGCCUUUGAUACUAAGUGUUUGUUUAAUCAUUUUUCAAAAUUAGAUAAUCAGAAAUUUGGUAGGCUCAAAGAUAUAAUACUCGAUGUAUAAACUGGAAAUGCAAUUAAAAACCAGCUUUAUUAUUGUUAUAUUUCAAUUUUGAAUAGUCUGCCAUGUUUAAAAGGUAAAACUAUCUCAAGGUUCUUACUUAUUGUUCAGUGUCUGAUAGAUCGAUAUGUCUUCUAGCAUUUGAAGAAAUGAAUUUCCCAGUUGCAAAUGUCUAUUCAGAAUUUUAUUUAGAAUCAGGAAAUGAAUUUUAACCUAUGGACUUAAAAAUGUACAUAAUAGUAGGCUCCUCAGCUUAUCCAAAGGUUGGAUUCUGUCCAAUAUAACUGGAUAGUAAUUUUAAAACAACAAUUAAAUCAAUAAUUGUGGAUUAUUUACUUUCAAAAUUAAAUAGGUUGAGCUGAA